AAAACCAUUUCCCAAUAAAAACACAACAACUUUUCCACUCACGACGACCCCUUAACGCCCGUCACGCUCUCCACCCUUAUCACCUAUCCAAUCUCGAAACGUCACCCUAAUCAAACGGCAAGAUCUUAACGCCGUUUGUACCUUUUUUUUUCUUUUAUCUUAUUUCCUGUCUCCAAGCCGCCUUUUAUUAAUUAUUUUAUUAGUAAUAACAAUAUAUUUUUCUGAUUAAAUAUUAAUAACAAUAUUUAACACAGUGGUCGUCGUUCAGAUCGUGUCGCUUUUUUGGGCUUAGUGAUUAAGGUUUACCGGUUCUACCCGGUAAUCUGCUUUAGCAGAAAGUAAGGUCCACCGGUUACUUCCGGUUGCGUGAGAGCUUGGAGGGUUAGAAAUUGACCGCGGUUGAAAUCAUUGCACGCUGUUUUGACCACUCUGGUUAAGUCUCUUGUUUCAGACGCGAAUAAGAGAGAGAGAAAAAUAAGUCUUUGUUUGGUGUUCUUCCUCUGGUUCUUGGCUCACGCAGUGUUUUAGCUGAAGAAGACAUAGUUUGAGAGAGAAGGUGCGGGUAAACGGUCUGAAUCAUUUGGGUUUUUGCUGAUUUUCAGACUAAUUAGGAAUUUGAUUUAGGUUACAGAGAAAGUUAAGGGAUUUGAGCUGCGUAUGGUUGAGCUGGAGUGGUUUAUUUCUGGAUUUUUAGGUGUUUUGUUGAGGGUUAGAGACUAGGGUUUGUAGUAAGAAGUGAGAAAUCUCUUUCUUCUCUUGUGGAGAAGGAUUCCUAUGAGAGAUCUAUGUUGAGUUCACAAGAAAUGGCGUUGUCAGAGGCAUCCGUUAAAGGGAAUUCUGGCAACCCCAUGGGAGAGAGCUUCUCUUCCAGUUUUACAGACCACAACGACGCAAGGAAGGCUGCUGAGGCGCGCAAAGAUGCUGAGGCUGCGCUGUAUGAGGAACUUUGGCACGCUUGUGCUGGGCCUCUCGUUACAGUUCCCCGGAAAGGUGAGCGCGUCUUCUAUUUUCCUCAGGGACACAUCGAGCAGGUGGAAGCAUCGACUAAUCAGGUGGCUGACCAACAGAUGCCAGUGUAUAAUCUUCCUCCCAGGAUCCUUUGUCGGGUGAUGAAUGUGGAGUUGAAGGCUGAGGCCGACACUGACGAGGUUUUUGCUCAAAUCACUCUGAUGCCUGAUCCAAACCAAAAUGAUAAUGCAUUCGAGAAGGAAACUCCUCCUCCCCCGCCUCCACGGUUUCAAGUACAUUCAUUUUGUAAGACACUUACUGCUUCCGAUACAAGCACUCAUGGUGGAUUUUCAGUCCUAAGGCGGCAUGCUGACGAGUGUCUUCCCCCUUUGGACAUGUCUAGGCAGCCUCCAACUCAGGAACUGGUUGCCAAGGAUUUGCACGGCAACGAGUGGAGAUUUCGCCACAUCUUUAGAGGUCAACCUCGGAGGCACUUGCUUCAAAGUGGCUGGAGUGUGUUUGUUAGCUCAAAGAGGCUUGUUGCAGGGGAUGCCUUUAUAUUUCUCAGGGGUGAGAAUGGGGAGCUUCGUGUAGGUGUUAGACGGGCGAUGAGGAAGCAGGAAAAUGUCCCUUCAUCUGUUAUUUCAAGUCACAGCAUGCAUCUUGGAGUACUUGCAACUGCAUGGCAUGCCAUUUCAACAGGAACAAUGUUCACUGUCUACUACAAGCCAAGGACAAGCCCAGCUGAGUUUAUUGUUCCAUGCGAUCAGUAUUUGGAGGCUACCAAGAACAACUACUCUAUAGGGAUGAGAUUCAAAAUGAAAUUUGAAGGUGAAGAAGCACCAGAACAGAGGUUUACAGGCACAAUAAUUGGGAUUGAAGAAUUUGAUCCCAACAGAUGGAAAGAUUCUAAAUGGAGAUGCCUGAAGGUGAGAUGGGAUGAAACCUCAGCAAUACCACGUCCUGAGAGAGUUUCACCUUGGAAAAUAGAGCCUGCUCUUGCUCCUCCGGCGCUAAAUCCUCUACCAGUUCCAAGGUCAAAGAGACCUCGAUCUAACAUUGUGCCGUUGUCUCCUGACUCGUCUGUUCUCACUAGAGAAGGUUCAUCGAAAGUGACUGUAGACCCUUCACUGCCAAGUGGAUUUUCUAGGGUCUUGCAAGGUCAAGAAUUAUCGACCUUGAGAGGAAAUUUUGUGGAGAGCAAUGAUUCUGAUACUGCAGAAAAGUCUGUUGUUUGGCAACCUUCCCUUGAUGAUGAGAAAGUUGAUGUAGUCUCUGCUUCAAGAAGAUAUGUGCCCGAAAACAGGGCUUCAUCUGGGAAGCAUGAACCUACUUACACAGAUUUGCUAUCUGGCUUCGGUACAACUGUUGAUUCUACCCGUGGUUUCUGUUCCUUUACGGAGCAUUCUGUUGCAACUGCUAAUUCAAUGAGAAAGCAUUCUUUAGAUCAGGAAGGCAGGUUGAACUUGCAUAGUAGCCCCAGGUCCAUGGUGCCUUCGUCUCUGUCACUUAGCUUGGACACUAAUAUGAAGGGUUCUGUUCAAGGGGCUAUAUCAUACCAAGGGCAGGGGAAUGUUAGAUAUGGGGGGUUUGAUGACUAUACCACUUUGAGUGGUCAUAGAGUUGAGCACGCACAUGGAAACUGGUUUAUGCCUCCACCAUCCUCUCCUCACUUUGAGAAUACUGUUCAUUCAAGAGAGCUGACCUCAAAACCUAUAUCUGAGCAGAAGUUUGAGGUUGCAAAACCUAAAGAUGGGAACUGCAAGAUCUUUGGGUACUCUCUAAUUGCACCAGAGCCUGCAGUAUCACAUAAAAGUUCAGUUGCAAAGACAAUGGGCACAAAAAUUGCGGAUAAUCCAAUCGUCAGUAGUGACCCGGAAAAACCCAUGCAAACUACUCAGCAACAAUCUAGAGAACAUCAAGGAAAAACACAGAAUAGUUCAACUAGGAGCUGCACCAAGGUUCACAAGCAGGGGAUUGCACUGGGAAGAUCUGUAGAUCUUACCAAGUUUAACAAUUACAAGGAGCUGAUAGCUGAGUUGGACGAGUUGUUUGAAUUUGGUGGUGAACUAAUGGCUCCAAAAAAGAAUUGGUUGAUUGUGUACACUGAUGACGAGAAUGAUAUGAUGCUUGUUGGUGAUGAUCCCUGGCAGGAAUUUUGUGGCAUGGUUAAAAAGAUUUUUAUCUAUACUAGAGAAGAGGUUCAAAAGAUGAGCCCAGGGACCCUAAAUGCGCAUGGGGAUGGAAAUCCUUCGGUUGCUGAGGUUAUGGAUGCCAAAGAGAAGUCUCAAACACUUCCUUUAUCAUCUGUUCCCGAGAACUGUUAGCUCUUAUAUAAAGGGUGAUGGUAUUAGGGACCAAUGUCUAGAGCCAUUCUUGUUUGAAUGUGUGGACUAAACAAGAUUGAUGUGAGGCUCUUUUGGAAUACAAAUUCUCGUCUAAUAUAAAGUCAAAAAUGGAUGGCGCAAGUGACAAAAUAUAUAUAAAUAUGAAGAAUAUAUAUAUAUCACUAUUGACAUGUCUGGAGUUGGUAUUUUGGAGUGUCCUGUUUCAUACGUAAUUAUAUAUACGGUUGGAGCAAGGUGUUGUGGUCCACCUUGCAUUGUCGAAACAAUUCUACGGUGUACAUAGCUGUUUUUCCCUCCUUUCUUACCCGACCUCUAAAUAUGUUGUAUGUAAGUAAAGCAAGUUCAUACACUCUUCCAAGUGUUUGUCAAUUUUGGAGGGUUAGGAAAUGCCAUUAUAUCUUUUAGUUGACUCUAGGGGUUAGUGGUUUUCACUGUCAUGAUGGUAUGUAUGGUGUUGGCGGUGUAAUAUUGCGAGUUUUACAGAAGUAGAAAGAUUAAAAAAAAAAAGGACAAAAAAAAAAAAAAAAAAAAGAGAGGGCACACUUUAAAUAGAUGUUAGAUUUAUAUAUAUAAAUAUAUAUAUGCAGUAGCCUUUUGAUAUUAUUUCAACUUUUCUCCUGUCUCUUUUUGUUCUAUGACUUUUGAAAUUUCUAUUGGUUGAAAUAUAUUUCUUGUGAUUGCCCAAAAA